GGUUAGUCUUAAAUGCAACGCUCAUAGAAAAACAACAGCGAAGGCGGUAAAAAUAAUCCGGCAACGAUUUUUUGUGCAAAAAUUUCCGCAUUUAUUUUUUUCCUCGGUCAAAUAACGAAAAUUGUUUUGAAAGGCAAAUUAGUAAACAAAAAUGAAUUUAAUUUGUGUCUCUUAAACAAAAAAAAGCAACAGAAAAAUUAAUAAAGAAAACCUUUAAAUGAAAAUGAAAACAAGUUUGACCACAACUCGUUGAGGGUGGAUAGAUGGAUGAACGGAUACUACGAGGGGGGACCAACUCCAUCUAGUCCACAAUGAAGAUAUGUUGUAUGUAAAUAUUCCGACGGGUCUGAUGGUUAUUCCAUAGAUCGGUCGGUCGGUUGGUUGGAACUAUGAAAUAAAAAAAAAACACAAAAAUUGAAAUAUAAUCCAAAAGGUUGACGUAGACGCGUCUAUUAUUGCAUUGUGUUUCCUUGUCAUUUUGUUUGUUUUUGUUGUUCUUCGAACAAAAGAUGGAACAAUUAUCCAUCAAACAACAACAACAAAGUAACCAAAAACAUCAUUGUGCAAUUAAUAAUAAACAAACGUAAACUCUAUGAAGGUUGUUUUAAAUUGCCAUUUGUGUGGCAGCCAACAGAUUUUUGAGUGGCAUUUAAAACGGAAUUAAAGAAAUUAGAAACAAAACAUAACGUCAUACAAAAAAUUUUGAAAAUGUUUCUUUUUGAAUAGAUUUUUAGUGUUCCUUAAUUAAAAAUUGAGUGUUUUAUUUGUGUUUGAUAAUAUUAAAAAUUAACUUGAUGUUUGAGCUGAAUUUUUGUGUGGAGCGUGGUGUUUCUUCGUAGAAUUUAUCGCAAUAUGUGUUUCUAAUCGUCACCUCGCUGCUAUUAAUAACCUAUUUGGAAAUUAAUGAAAAAAGAGAUUUAUAUUCACGAUAAGUCCACUUUCCAAAUAUUUGUCCUGUUCGGAAGACCACUUCGACGGGCAACUAAAAUAAAUAACAAAACAAAAAAGUGAUUUGAACAAAAUCAUGAUGCCAACAUGACAGAUUUAUCGGAGUCCGAUUUACAGCCGCUAUUGGCAGACAAAGAUGAUGAUUCGGCAAAUGAAUCAAAUGAUACCAAAAACAACAACAACAUCAAUGGCAUUGCCAAAAACAAAAAGAAAAAUAAAUUCCAACAAAAAGACAUAAAUCGCAAUGUGGUGCCAUCAAAGCCCCCACCACCCUCGACGGCCCAAAUGCAGGACCAACGAAGGUCAUCAUUUGGCCGAAAAUCACAAAAAUUACGCUACAUCUGGAAGCGGCGGCACCUGUUUUAUAUCUUGGUCAUUGCGAUGGUGAUGUUUCUUCUCAAUUUAACCUAUAAUCACAGUGUGGAUCCAAAUUUGCUGGGCAAUGAGGACGAUGUUGAUUUUCUGAAUCAUGUGCAUUCGCAUGUGCCGGGCAUGAAAGGUUAUUUGGUUUGGAGUGAAUUCUGUAAAAUGCCCAAUUUGGACCCCUAUCUACCGGAUGUCAUGAAAAAUUUCCAUCGUCAAAAAUACAAACCCUGCAAGCUGUUGGAUCCCUUGACCAAAAUCGAUUUCAAUACCACCAGCCAGCGUUACACCCUGCGCAUCGAUGAGGAAGUUAUACCAGGCUAUAGUAAAACUGGCAAGGUGGACUGUUGUUAUCAGUCGAUUCUGCGCAAUGAGACCGGGACCAAGGCCGACAGUGUAGUUAGGCUUUCGGAGUGCAUGAGUUUUGUGGACAAGACUUCGCUGGAUCCCUCCAUCGAUAAUAUUUUGGUUAAAUGCCGCUCCGGUAAUAAACAGGUCUAUGUCAACGGCCAUGCCAUGAUGCCAGAACGUCGGGAGAUCCGUGAACGUUUAAAUAUGUGGCGUAAAUAUGAUCAGGAUUCCAAGGCUGAGGAUAAGCCACCCAGUGUUUUGAUGAUUGGCAUUGAUAGCAUAUCCAGAGUGAAUCUGAUACGAGCGAUGCCGAAAACAGCGCGAUAUCUCUACGAGAAUGAGUGGUACGAAAUGAGCGGAUUCAAUAAGAUCGAUGACAACACCUUUCCCAACCUCAUGGCAGUGCUGACGGGUAUGAAUCGCACAACGGCCAUGCAAAAAUGUUCUCCCUACAAACUGAAUGGCCUAGAUAAUUGUGAUUUUAUAUGGAAGACCUAUCGUGAGCAUGGCUAUGUGACAGCCUAUGCAGAGGAUGAGGCCACCAUAAAUACUUUUAAUUAUCUAAAAGUGGGGUUUGCUGAACCUCCGGUGGACUAUUACCUUCGGCCUUUUCUACUGGGAGCAGAAAAACAUCUAGAGACUCGGACAAAGUCGGGCCUGAUUAGUUGUCUGGGCUACAAACAUGCGGCCGAUCAUGUCUAUGAUUAUGCCGUGGAGUUGGCGCGGCGUUACAAGAAUGACACCUUCUUUGGUUUGUUUUGGGCCAACACCUUUAGCCACAAUGACAUUAGCGAUUGUACUUCGAUGGAUGAACACAUUCGGGAAUACCUGAAGCGGUUCAAGCAGAUGGGUACACUGGAGAACACCAUUGUGAUAUUUUUCAGUGAUCAUGGUAUGCGUUUUGGGCCCAUACGUAAAACCUAUUCCGGCCACUUGGAGGAGCGUUUGCCGUUUGUGUUCCUGUGGCUGCCACCAAGGUUGAGAAAUAAAUAUCCUAGUCUGGUAAAUGCCUUGAAUGCUAAUAAGAAUCGUCUAACCAAUCCCUAUGACACACACAUGACGCUGAAACAUAUUUUGGAAAUGACGGGGCGUGUCAAGGACGCCACAAAACUGACACCAGCCGAUGCCUGCCCCAAAUGCCAGUCAUUGCUGAGACCAGUACCCCACAAUCGUUCCUGCCAAGAUGCAGCCAUAGAGCCACACUGGUGUACAUGUCUGCUGUACGAGAAUAUCUACAAGAAUUCCAAAACGGUAUUGGAUCUGACCCAUUUACUUAUCGGCUAUAUCAAUGACUUUGUGGCCACCUUCCACAAUAGAACCUAUGCCAAACUAUGUGUACCUUUGAAAUUUGACUGUGUCGAUAGCGCAUAUCGCACCACCCAGCUGGAGAGCCAUGACAAUGGCACAACCAAAACGGUGGAUAUUUAUCGGGUAACCUUCUACACAAAACCAAAUAAGGGUCUCUUUGAGGCCACAGCCAUCUAUGAUCCCAUUACGGGUUUUAUGGAGGUCACAGGGGAGAUAAGUCGUCUCAACACCUAUGCCAGUGAUUCGGAUUGUGUGUCGGAUGGUGGAGCGAAAAAGUAUUGUUCGUGUCGUAAAAAGAUUUUCUAGCAUAAGUUACCUCAGCUGCACAAGGUGUUGGUACGCUUGGGAAAGAGGAAGAAAAUUUCACAGCUUUUUUGAGAAGUAUGUGAAGAGGACGUUUUACAAGCAAUCGGAACAUAUGACAGAUUAAGAGAUUUUAGAUUUUUAAUUUUGAUUUUUUUUUUUUUUUUUGUUUGUUUUGUUUUUAACGUUAGCGAAUUUUGUAUAUAAAAGAAUUUAGCAUGUAACCGGACCAGAGAGGUAUGGAGAUAAUGUUGGAAAGGGGGAUGUGGGGAAAGAAAGUUUUAAAUCUACUUUUCGAAGAUAUUUUUUCAAGGACCAACAGACCAAUAGGCGUGGAUUUUUAAAGAAUAUUUUUUUAAGGACCAACAGAAGCGUGGAUUUUAAAAAAAAUAUUUUUUCAAGGACCAACAGACCAAUAGGCGAGGAUUUUUAAAGAGUAUUUUUUUAAGGACCAACAGAAGCGUGGAUUUAAAAAAAAUAUUUUUUCAAGGACCAACAGACCAAUAGGCGAGGAUUUUCAAAGAGUAUUUUUUUAAGGACCAACAGAAGCGUGGAUUUUAAAAAAAUAUUUUUUCAAGGACCAACAGACCAAUAGGCGAGGAUUUUUAAAGAGUAUUUUUUCAAGGACCAACGGACCAAAAGGCGUGGAUUUUUAAAAAAUAUUUUUUCAAGGACCAACAGACCAAUAGGCGAGGAUUUUUAAAGAGUAUUUUUUCAAGGACCAACGGACCAAAAGGCGUGGAUUUUUAAAGAAUAUUUUUCAAGGACAAACAGACCAAUAGGCGUGGAUUUUUAAAAAAUAAUUUUUCAAUGCCCAACAGACCAAUAGGCGUAGAUUUUUAAAAAAUAUUUUUUCAAUGCCCAACAGACCAAUAGGCGUGGAUUUUUAAAGAAUAUUUUUUCAAGGACACAGAUUCUAAUAGGCGUAGAUUUUUAAAGAAUAUUUUUUCAAGGACUCAGAUUCUAAUAAGCGUAGAUUUUUAAAGAAUAAUUUUUCAAUGCCCAACAGACCAAUAGGCGUAGAUUUUUAAAAAAUAUUUUUUCAAUGCCCAACAGUCCAAUAGGCGUGGAUUUUUAAAGAAUAUUUUUUCAAGGACACAGAUUCUAAUAGGCGUAGAUAUUUAAAGAAUAUUUUUUCAAGGACUCAGAUUCUAAUAGGCGUAGAUUUUUAAAGAAUAUUUUUUCAAGGACCAACAGACCAAUAGGCUUGGAUUCUUACAGAAUAUUUUUUUCGCGGACCCAGAGGCUUAUAGGCGUGGAUUUUUAAAGAAUAUUUUUUCGAUGACCAACAGACCAAUAGGCGUGGAUUUUUAAAGAAUAUUUUUUCGAUGACCAACAGACCAAUAGGCGUGGAUUUUUAAAGAAUAUUUUUUCGAUGACCAACAGACCAAUAGGCGUGGAUUUUUAAAGAAUAUUUUUUCGAUGACCAACAGACCAAUAGGCGUGGAUUUUUAAAGAAUAUUUUUUCGAUGACCAACAGACCAAUAGGCGUGGAUUUUUAAAGAAUAUUUUUUCGAUGACCAACAGACCAAUAGGCGUGGAUUUUUAAAGAAUAUUUUUUCGAUGACCAACAGACCAAUAGGCGUGGAUUUUUAAAGAAUAUUUUUUCGAUGACCAACAGACCAAUAGGCGUGGAUUUUUAAAGAAUAUUUUUUCGAUGACCAACAGACCAAUAGGCGUGGAUUUUUAAAGAAUAUUUUUUCGAUGACCAACAGACCAAUAGGCGUGGAUUUUUAAAGAAUAUUUUUUCGAUGACCAACAGACCAAUAGGCGUGGAUUUUUAAAGAAUAUUUUUUCGAUGACCAACAGACCAAUAGGCGUGGAUUUUUAAAGAAUAUUUUUUCAAGAACCCAGAGGCCUAUUGGCUUGGAUUUUUAAAGAAUAUUUUUUCAAGGACCAACCGACCUAGAAGCAUGGAUUUUUAAAAGAAUAUUUUUUCAAGGACUAACAGACCUAGAAGCUUGGAUUUUUACAAGAAUAUUUUUUCAAGGACCAACAGACCAAUAGGCAUGGAUUUUUACAGAAUAGUUUUUCAAGGACCAACAGACCUAGAAGCGUGGAUUUUUACAGAAUGUUUUUUCAAGGAUCCAGAGGCCAAUAGGCGUGGAUUUUUACAGAAUAUUUUUUCAAGGACCCAGAGGCCAAUAGGCGUGGAUUUUUACAGAAUAUUUUUUCAAGGACCCGGAGGCUAAUAGGCGUGGAUCUUUACAAAAAUAUUUCUUCGAAGACCAACAGACAUUUAUGGAGAAUUUCCACAGAUCUUUAAAAAAUAUUUCUUCGAAGUCCAACAGAUCAACAGACAUUUUUGGAGAAUUUCCACAGAUCUUCAAAGAAUAUUUCUUCAAAGACCAACAAACAUUUUUGGAAAAUCUCCACAGAUCUUCUGUGAGUAGUUUCGCAGUUGUUCUAUGGAAAGAUGAGUCAGUCAUAUAUGUAUCCAUCAGAUUACUUACUACAUUUUUCUAGCCAUGCUUACAAGAUGUUAAGUCAUGCGUACAUACAGCCCUUUCAUUUCGCCAGUUGUAAUUCAGAACCCUUGAAGAGCUAUUUAUUUCCUGCCGGACACAAUAGAAAAAAAUUGGAUUUAAAAAUAUUUUUGGUUGAAUAAAUUCAAAGAGAUUACCUGAAAGAAUUUAUUUUGAUCUUUUCAUGGAAGACCUGUAUAUCUGCCAAUAGAAUAUUACGAUCAGUAUCAUCUAAUAUCCACACAUUUUCUGUGAGAAGAUUUCCAAUUGCUCUAUGAGAAGUUCUUCAGACUAUCUUUGAGAAUUUUUUUCUGAUCUUUCCAUAGAGGUCCUUUUAUCUGCCAUCGGUCCCGAUAUCCACGUUUUUUUUUUUUUUUUUUUUUUUUUUGGAAAUAUCCGUAGAUUGCCUGUGAGAAGGUUUCCAGUUUUUCUAUGAGAAGUUUAUGAGACAAUUUGUGAGAAUUUAUUCAUUUCUUUCCAUAGAAGACCUGUAUAUCUGCCAAUAGAAUAUCAAUAUCAGUAUCAUCAGAUCCCCAAGUCUUUUUUUGUGAAUAUCCGCAGAUUGUCUGUAAUAUGAUUUCCAGUUGCUGUCAGAACAUCUGUGAGAAGAAAUAUUAAGUGUGUCAUACAUAAUUACAAUAGGAGGAUAACUUACCCCAUCUGUCUAUCGAUACGAGAAAAAUAUGCUUAAUAUUGAGUAUAUCCAGUCAUUUCAGUAGCUUGAACGAAUACAGCGAUUUGAAACGCCAAAAUGGUGAGUUCACUCAUGAAAUUCCCAUUGUUGAACCUGCAGCGUCGAUUGUCAUUUAGAAGAAUUCUCGAGAGUUCUUGAUAAUUUUUGGGAUCAUAAUCUAUUUUCAAAAUGAUUAUUAUUUUGAAUUUUUUUCUUGGAAAAAAUAUUUACCUAACAAUUAGUAAAUGGAAAUAACAAAAAAAAAAAUGCAAAAUCAUAGAUAACAAAAAUUCAAUUUUAACUUGAAGAGGACACACUUCGAAAAAUUACCUCAAAGAAAUUCUGUAGAUCUUCCCAUAGAAGUCCCGGAUAUCUUCGACUAUAACAUCUUCCCUACACUUUUCCAUAAUCCCCCUCUAAAAACCCCUUAUCUCCAACCUCAAAACAAAAAACAAAACAAAAACUUUGCUCAAAAUGUACAGCGCAGUGUAUAGCAAUUCUUAAAAAUUUAAUCUUAAACGUAAUUUUUAAGUAGCCAAUUUUCUCGUUUUUUUUUUUUUUUCAAUUAGCCAACACAACUAAGCAUAUCUAUUAUAAUUUUCUUAUAUAAGGACAACAUUUUUAUUAAAUAGCUAAUAAAUAUAUGUGAGCAAAAAAAAAACAAUGCCAAGACAAAUAUUAAAUGCCAUACAAAAAAUAAUUAAUUUAAAACUAUAUUAGUUCCUCUAAAAAAAGAAAACGUUAGAAUUCCAAUUCCAACAUAAAUACCAACCAACUAAACGUAAUUUAAACAAAAUGUAAAUAUAUUAAAUUUAAAGAACAACUUUACCAAGAGCUUUAUUUUUCUUACUCUUUAAACUAUACAUCUGUAGAAUAUAUUAUUGAAAAAAAUAUUAAAUAAAUAAAUAACGUAUUUUUUAUACUAAAGUAAA